AAAUUUGAUUGGUUAACUAAAAUCAAGCCAAUGUGGGUUGCUGAACUUAAAGGAAACAGCUUUUGUCCUAGUUUUGACUGUUGUCUGGAUUACAUCUAACUUGGGACACUUCUUAGUUAUGGGUGGGUCAUACUGACUGAAGCCCUUGUCUUGGUCUUUGGAUUUGGAAACCCUCGUACCUACGGAAUUAAAUCAAAACAUGGAGCUCUCUGAUUUUCUGUAAAUUAGAAUUGUUUACAUCAAAUGUGAUUAUAGGUGGUAUCCCUCAAUUCAGUACCUGUCAGUGUAAACUAACACAUAACAAAUAACACCUGGUAGCAAUUGUAAUUAGCUCUGUAUAACACAUGACUGCUGUGGUAAACCUUGAGAAACUUGUCUCAUCAAAAAGUACGGUGUCCUGCUUACUGUGAAAUUUUGAUGAAUGAUGUGCCACUUGAAGAUUUUUAUGUAGGCAUUUGGGUGAUGAACGUGGGAAUUAAAGAGCCAAUUGAAAGCACAGACUCCCAACUGGUGUGAAGAGAGGCCCACUGCAAAGAUGAAAGCUGCAUUGUUGAUCAUUUUGUUGGCAUCUGUCUGCCUGCUCCCUGCUGGAGCUGAGGAUACCAGAAUUGAUGAUAUCCAAAUUCCCGUUUUUCCAAACUUUGAUGUCCAAAAGGUUGCUGGGACUUGGUAUCGCAUUGCAAAUGUCUUGAGAAACAGGGAUCCAAUGACGGUCAUCUCCUUUGAUGAUGUACUGGAGCCUACUGCUGAAGGAAACUUGAUUUUUAUAAUGCGCUACGUUGAAGAUGAAGUAUGUAAGACAACUAAAGUUGAAGCACUGCACACAAACCAGCCUGGUAUAUUCACAGUUUCUACUUCCAAUGAAACCAUAACAAUGAUGGAAGUAGAUUAUGAAAGUUACUACUUUGUACUUGUUAGAGGGAAAAACAUAUACGGCAUGUAUCUCUUAAGCAGAACACGAGAAGCAUCAGAUGAUGUCAGGACAAAAUUCAAAAACCUUGCUGUAUCUCUGGGAUUUGAUGGGAACCAAAUAAGUGAUGAGCGGCUAGCAGAGACAUGUGAAAUGAUUGACAUAGAUUUAGGAAAAUCAGAAUUUGGAGGAAUGUUUCAAGACUGCACAACUAACAUUAUCAGCAUCAUGGUCCUCCAGAUAGCCCUCACUGCAAUCUUCUGAUUAGAUUUGUCCUCUUUCAGAUGAAUAAAGAGACUCAGAGCA